AUGAUCCACUUGGCUGUCCUUUUCCUCUGCUUCUUCUCCUCCUAUUCGGCUUCCGUUAAAGGUCACACAACUGGCCUCUCAUUAAAUAAUGAGCGGCUAUACAAGCUCACGUACUCCACUGAAGUGUUUCUCGAUGGGGGCAAAGGGAAGCCACAAGACAGCGUGGGCUACAGGAUCUCAUCUGACCUGGAUGUCAUGUUACUGUGGAGGAAUCCUGACGGUGACGAUGAUCAGCUGAUCCAAGUCACGAUAACGGCUGUCAGUGUCGAAAAUGCGGGUCAGCAGAGAGGCGACAAGAGCAUCUUCAAGGGCAAAAGUGCAGCUAAGAUCAUAGGAAAGGACAACCUGGAGGCUCUGCAGAGACCCAUGCUUCUUCACCUAGUCCGGGGGAAGGUCAAAGAGUUCUACUCCUAUGAAAAUGAGCCCGUGGGCAUAGAAAAUCUCAAGAGAGGCUUGGCUAGCUUAUUCCAGAUGCAGUUAAGCUCUGGAACCACCAACGAGGUAGAUAUCUCUGGGGAUUGUAAAGUGACCUACCAAGCUCAGCAAGACAAAGUGGUCAAAAUUAAGGCCCUGGAUACGUGCAAAAUUGAGAGGUCUGGAUUUACAACGGCAAAUCAGGUGUUGGGUGUCAGUUCAAAAGCCACAUCUGUCACUACCUAUAAGAUAGAGGACAGCUUUGUCACUGCCGUGCUUGCUGAAGAGACCAGAGCUUUUGCUGUGAACUUCCAACAAUCCAUGGCAGGAAAAAUAGUGUCCAAGCAGAAAUUGGAGCUGAAGACAACUGAAGCGGGCCCAAGAAUGGUGCCUGGGAAGCAAGUGUCCGGUGUGAUUAAAGCAGUUGAUUCCAAGUACAAGGCCAUCCCCAUCGUGGGACAGGCCCUGCAGAGUGUCUGUAAAGGAUGCCCUUCUCUGGCCGAGCACUGGCAGUCUAUCAGAAAGCACCUGGAGCCGGACAACCUGUCCAAUGCCGAGGCCGCGCGCAGCUUCCUGGCCUUCAUCCGGCACCUGCGGACUGCGAGGAGAGAAGACAUCCUCCAAAUUCUGAAGGCAGAGAAGAAAGAAGUGCUUCCUCAGCUGGUGGACGCAGUCACCUCUGCUCAGACUCCAGACUCUCUGGAAGCCAUCCUGGACUUUUUGGAUUUCAAAAGCGACAGCAGUAUCAUUCUCCAGGAAAGGUUCCUCUAUGCCUGUGGAUUUGCCUCCCACCCUGAUGAAGAACUCCUGCGAGCCCUCCUUAGUAAGUUCAAAGGUUCCUUUGCAAGCAACGACAUCAGAGAAACGGUUAUGAUCAUCAUUGGAGCCCUAGUCAGGAAGCUGUGUCAGAAUGAAGGCUGCAAACUCAAGGCAGUGGUUGAAGCUAAGAAGCUAAUCCUGGGAGGACUUGAAAAACCGGAGAAGAAAGAAGACACCAUGAUGUACCUGCUGGCUCUGAAGAAUGCCUUGCUUCCUGAAGGCAUUCCGCUCCUUUUGAAGUAUGCCGAGGCCGGAGAAGGGCCCGUCAGCCACCUGGCUACCACUGUUCUCCAGAGAUACGAUGUCUCCUUCAUCACAGAUGAGGUGAGGAAGACCUUGAACAGGAUCUACCACCAGAAUCAUAAGGUUCAUGAAAAGACGGUGCGCACUACUGCUGCUGCUGUUAUCUUAAAGAACAACCCAUCCUACAUGGACGUGAAGAACAUCCUACUGUCUAUCGGGGAACUUCCUAAAGAAAUGAACAAAUACAUGCUCACCAUUGUGCAGGACAUCCUGCGUUUUGAAAUGCCUGCAAGCAAAACUGUCCGUCGAGUUCUCAAGGAGAUGUUUGUACACAAUUAUGACCGUUUCUCCAAGAGUGGAUCCUCCUCUGCCUAUACUGGCUACAUAGAACGAAGCCCCCAUGCGGCAUCCACAUACAGCCUUGACAUCCUUUACUCUGGUUCUGGCAUUCUGAGGAGAAGCAACCUGAACGUCUUCCAGCACAUCGGAAAGGCAGAGCUUCAUGCUAGUCAGGUGGUCAUUGAAGCCCAAGGGCUGGAAGGGUUAAUUGCAGCCACUCCUGAUGAAGGGGAGGAGAACCUUGACUCCUACGCUGGCAUGUCACCCAUCCUGUUUGAUAUCCAGCUUAGACCUGUCACGUUUUUUAAUGGAUACAGUGAUUUGAUGUCCAAAAUGCUGUCGGCAUCCAGCGACCCUGUCAGCGUGGUGAAAGGGCUUAUUCUGCUAAUAGACCACUCUCAGGAUAUUCAGCUGCAAUCUGGACUAAAGGCCAAUAUGGAGAUCCAGGGUGGUCUAGCUAUUGAUAUUUCUGGUUCAAUGGAAUUCAGUCUGUGGUAUCGCGAGUCUAAAACUCGAGUGAAAAAUCGGGUGGCUGUGGUGAUAAGCAGUGAUGUCACAGUGGACUCCUCUUUUGUGAAAGCUGGCCUGGAAAGCAGUGCAGAGACAGAGGCUGGCCUGGAGUUCAUCUCCACGGUGCAGUUCUCACAGUACCCGUUCUUGGUCUGCAUGCAGAUGGAUAGGUCUGAAGCCCCACUCAGGCAAUUUGAGACAAAGUAUGAAAGGCUAUCCACAGGUAAGGGCUACGUCUCUCGAAGAAGAAAAGAGAGCCUAGUGGCCGGAUGUGAACUCCCGCUCCAUCAAGAGAACUCUGAUAUGUGCAAUGUGGUAUUCCCACCUCAGCCAGAGAGCGAUAACUCCGGUGGAUGGUUUUGAUUCCCGUGGAUCCGUUUCCUCGAGAAUGACAUGCUUUGACGUGCCUAACCCUUGCUCUCGGAGAGCACAGUGUUUACAUAUUUGCCUGUAUUUAAGGUGUUUGUAAAGAGCAAUGGAGAACCUCAGUUGAUUAAAGUUGACCCUAUUGAGGAGAUGACCCACUCUGUCCCUCUGAGUCACCUUAAGACACUUAGCAACACGCCUACUUCUUGUAUUUUACAAAAGUCCUAAUCAGCAUAGUGAGUCUAAUUUUGCGCAGAGACAGUAGCAUUUGUAUAAAAACAAAGACAAAAGAAAACAAAUAAAACAAAAAACAAAAACCCACACCAUAAAAGCUUAGGCAAAUGUGAAUUUGAUUCAACAACUUUUCAGUGAAAGUGAACCCUUGACAGAAUCUUUGUGUAGCCCUGGCUGUCCUGGAACUCACUCUGUAGACCAGGCUGGCAUCGAACUCAGAAAUCCACCUGCCUCUGCCUCCCACGUGCUGGGAUUAAAGGCAUGCGCCACCAUCGCCUGGCUCCUUGACAGAAUCUUAAGUUUGUCGUCUACAAAGCACAUUGACUAAGAUGGGCCGGGGUGGACGGAACCCAAGCAAACCAUUUUUCUUUUGUUGUUGUUUUGUUCAUCUUUCUUCUCUUUUUCUUUGUUUCUUUGUUUCUUCUUCUGGUGUAUAUGAGAAGGUUCCAAGAGAGGAUAGAGAUAAGACUUAAAAGAAUUUUGUUAGUCAAUCUCAAGAAUUAAUAUUUAUGUUUUCUGAUAGUUUUAUAACUGUGAAGGUAAGAGACAGAAUUAAAGCAUACUGUGAAAUGUCUCUGCUAGCCCCACAGUGAGACCACUUGGAAGUCAUUCACCCUUUUAAAAAUUGGAAUUAUCAUACAGGAAUAAAAGUAAUUGAGUCUCAGAGCAUCCAUUAGAUUUUUCUCUGGAUGUGUCUUUUUGAUACUGUAAUGUGGUAUGUAGUUCUUUGCCGGGGACACCCUUGUAGCUACCACUUUAUCUAUACCUCAAUUGUUGAGUGGCAGGAACUCCAUCGAUUUGCAAUUUAUGCAACACCCAAUAACAAUUGAGAAAAUCGUUGCUUCGAGAAAAUGAUGGACUUGUAUUUCAAAACUAUGAAAUUAAAUAAAGACCAUGUUUAUUUAUAUGAAUUAAAAGGCCACACCAAGCAUUUAAACAUAUUUAUUAAUAAAGCAAAUGUGUUUAUUAUAACACCCCCCCCCCAAUGUCAGGUGUUUGUCCACUAGACAAAUGGAAGUUUAAAAUGGAAGUGGAAACACAUAAAAUGGAAGUUUAGCUGAAGUAGAAAAUAAAUUGUGGUGAUAAAAAAUAAACAUGUGUAAUUUACUGA